AUGUCAUCCAACACAACAAAUUCCUCGACAACAUGCGUUGACCACACUUCAAAUUCCGAAGUGAAGAGUCAAAAGAAGAAGGUAAGUCAGUGGUCCAAAGACGAAGACGAAAGGUUGAUCAUCUCGGUCAAGCAAAAUGGGCCUGAGAACUGGGGGACCAUUGCACAAGAUGUCAAAAAUAGAACACGAAAACAGUGCAGAGAAAGAUAUUUGAACUGUUUGUGUGAGUCCCUUUCUAAAGAGCCUUGGACGGCAGAGGAAGAUACACUACUUAUUAAGUUGCAGAAAGAAUUCGGCAACAAAUGGACGAAAAUUUCCGCUUGUUUAAAGGGGAGAAGUCCAAAUUCAGUCAAAAACAGGUUUUGCGCUCAUAUUGCAAUGAUACCAAAAAGAAGUCAAAAUAACAAAGAAAACGCGUUAAAGAAAAAGUUGAUAAUUGUGUGUAAAGAGUCUGCAUUUGUCCCAGCACCAAGUUGGUCAUUUUCUAUUAUGUAA